AUUAGUAUGUUUGCUUGGUUAUACUUCUAAAGAUGGGAGGGUUUUUUUCUUUGGUUCCGUUUGAAGAGGAAUUUGAAAGAGGAGAGGAUUCCGGGGACAAAGCCAGCAGAGAGCUACUGGGGUUAACGCAAAUACAAAUAAUGAGCGAUUCUGGAAGCUAAAGGUUGUGGUGAAAAAAUGCAGACCAAGUGUGAGCAUGUUCUCUGCAACUAUAAGGCAAAGUAUUUUCUCCUUAAAUCCCAGCACUGACUGAGAGAUCCUAUAUGAAUGUUUGUGCAACUGAUUCCAAAGAAUGUGCUGAAAGAUUUUAAGAAGUCAUUGCCAUUGUGUCUGCGCUGGCUUAUUAGUAUUUUCACCUGUAAUCUCUCAUUAAUGUGUAAUGUUUGCGUCAGACUUUUUCUUUUUAAGAACUCUGUGUUUUAAACCUUUAAGUUGUGAAGCAACUUUGAAAACGUAAUUUAAUGCGUUUUUUCCUUCUUGAGUUUGUAGGUAAUCAAACAACCUCCAAGGGUUCGGUCAUUAAAUUUUUCUCAACGGGGGCUUGCAUCCUAAAAGCUAAUUAUAAGGGCUUAGAGGUUAUUGUAUGUAAUUACUUUGCUAAUGUUCUAGGAUAAAUAACUCAGUUGUAAAGUGAGUGUGUCAGUAAGCAGGUUGGGCUUCUGAACAGUGCGUAAGGAUGAAAACUCUUGGAUCUCUUGAGCUGUGAUAAAUGUAGGCUUUCGUUACUUAUAUUUAUUCCAAGUGCUGCUUCAAAAAUAUCUUCACAGAGCCUUUUACAUCAAUCACAUAUCACUUCUUCUGUGUCCUGCUGCCAGUUUUCCUUCAUCAACUGUGUUGUGUAAUAGCUUUCCUUCUAAACACCUGUGUAACCUGUCCCUCACAAAUAUCCCAUCUGGUUUAUAUUAUUUAGAAGUUAAGUUUUGCCUCCAAUCUCUCUCUAUUUGGCAACUUUAAUCAUCUUUUUGUGGAAGUUUUUAAUAAGCUUUCUUUAUUUUUUUUCAUUUUUUUUUCCACUCUGAGGAUGUACAAAGGGCUUCCCCAGUGCCAUCCCAUUGUCCUCCCUAAAACAGUUCCUGAUUGGAAGAAAAUAAAGGCUCAGAAAUUAGGACUAGUUGAGCCCCCUUCCCUGCCUCUAACUGCUGAAGAAUGGGCAAAAGUAAAGCAGAGAUCCAUACAGCAUGGAGAUUCCAUCCAGCCCUGUGCUAUAUGCAGGGAAGAGUUUGCACUUCAGCCUCAGGUGUUGCUUUCAUGUUCCCAUGUAUUCCAUAAAGCCUGUCUGAAAGCCUUUGAAAAAUUUACGGGCAAAAAGUCUUGUCCUAUGUGCAGGAAAAAGCAGUAUCAGACCAGAGUGAUACAUGACGGGGCCCGCUUGUAUAAAAUAAAGUGUGCAGUCAGAAUUCAAGCCUCCUGGAGGGGAUACGUUGUUAGAAAAUGGUAUAAAAACUUGAGAAAAACAGUGCCUCCUAAAGACAACAAACUAAGAAAACAGUUUUUUGAGGAAAAGGUUCAACAGAUUAGCAAUCGGCUGCUGAGUUCUUAUGACAUAAACCUAGAUGAUUUUCUUUCUAAGAUAGAUUCUUCUAUAGCUGCAUGUCGGGAUGCAUUUCAGCAGCUGGAAGGAAAAGAAAUACUCCUCAGUGAAAAUGACUGGGAGAAGAUCCAGAUGCAGGCAUUUCGGCAGGAGAUAGUUGACUGUCCUAUCUGUAUCAUGCCACUCAGCCCUACUGCUCACCCUGCCUGUGUUUUUUCUGGUACCAGCAACCCGUUUUCCCGACCGACCGUUCUGCUUUCUUGUUCACAUUUGUUUCACCAUUCCUGUCUUGAAGCGUUUGAAGAGUUUUCCUUGGGAGUGCAACAUAUUUGCCCUUUGUGCCGCUCAUAUUAUCAAAAGAAGGUCCUCAAGUGUUGACACCCACAGCUCAGUGAAGUACCUCCUAGCAGAGCACAGCCGACAAUGCAUGUGCAUGUUUCUAACUGGGGAACCUAAGAUCCAGAUCUUUUAAGUAAUUUUUUUUUAUGUACAAUGGCAUUCACCUUGUCUUUGGAGCAAUAAAAGUUGAGUGCUGUUGCUCUACUUUAAUAGUCAGUUUCACCUUUCUUGACAUUUUUCAUCUCCAUCCCUCUGGCAAUUUCACCUUCCGUCAUUUUCAUUUCUCUCUCCCAGUGAUGAGGCACAGUUCAUUUAGGCACUGUGUUCCUUCAGCAGAACCCCCGUUAUCCUUUACCAUUGUGGUUUUAUGCCUGAUAUGUGGUAGCAGAGGCUCCCAUUCACAAGAACAAUCAAUACUGUCACUGGGGUCACUGCAAGAAACGCAUUUUCCUUCAGCUAAGCUCUCCAAGCAGAACCCCAGUUGCUGCUUCUGCUUGAACAACUGUGACCAAUCCCAGUUUGCUGUUUGCAAAUAAGAAAUGACCCUCAAAGAUCAAGGAUCACUUCAGAACUUCUGAGAACUGUGGAAACAGUAAGUACUCAUCUAUUUUAGCAGGAAUAAAAAUAUGGUUAUUGGUUGCUGAAACCAAUUCAGGUCACCACAUGUAACUUGUAAGUCUAAGCACAAAGACCAUCUCACAGAAGCUACAACAAAAGAAUCAUAAAAAUAACAAGAAAGAUCAUUUUGCAUAAAAAGGCAAUGGCUGAUUAACUUUCAGAGAGCUUUCAAAUAAUGCUAACAAUAUCAGAUUGUAUCAAGCAUCAAGUGAGGCAGUCAUCACAUUUCCAGGUACAUGCAUUUAAAGACUUGAGCUAGAAUAGACAAAUACUCUGAUAGGAAUUCCUUAGGUAAGAGGUUUCUACAGAGGACAGCAUCAAACUGCUGAGAGAACUGGGGAAGUCACUUGUUAAAUAGAAGACAAAUACAGCCUUUGAGCCUUGGAAAUGCUCAUGCAAGCAGAAGAGUUGUCUUGCUUACUGUGGACACUUGAGAACCAAAUUAAAGCUUAUCACGUAGCAAGGACCUCUUACACUUCACAUUUAGGAAACCUUGGACAAUUAAACAACAAUACAUUAUCAGACAGCACAGAAGUCACAGAUAUUCCUGGUAUUUAACUGCAUCUUAGGGACUAACACAGGUAUUUUUGAUCCUGUGCAGUUGAAUGGCUCAGAUGUCUGCAGGUCCUUUCCAAAUGUACAAUUCUUGGACUUCUUUUAAAGAAAACAACACUGAAGCCUCCAGUGAGACUGUUUCAAAGAGUUUAAGAACCGUCACAUUAUUAAAGAAAUUAAGAAUUGUACUUCAGUCAUACUGUUAACAUCACACAAUCAGGAUACUUUUCUAUGAACAAUCCUCACUUGCUUGGAGUGCUGGAAUUCAUCACAUACUUGUUUUAAGAGCAGGGCUGUCACACCUCUGAGUGUACAUGAUGUAUGUAUGUGAUGGAGAUUCACGUAAUUUUUUCUAAGAGAAUCCCAAAAAUACAUGAAAUGCAGGAGGGAUGGAAGGGAAUGCAGCUAUUCACACCAACUACUGACAGAACCAUUCAGAAUGCUUGGAAUGCCACAGAUCUUUCUCAUUGCUUUAAAUAAUAGAAUCAAAACCCCAUUAUGAAUCACACUUUAUUGAAAACACAAUAAGAAAAAAAAAAAGCUUCUUCCUACAAAACACUGGAUGUAACAUUUCAAACAAUGGGGAAAAAACUACAACCAUGGCUUUUCACACACACAAAAAAAUCAACCUGACCAAGGCAGCAAGAAUUAUUUUCAUCAAGUUUUGUAACACAGCAAAGUAACCACAACUGAGAACACUGCAAAACAUAUUUCUGAAUGACCUAAAAUACUCUAAGAAGGGUUUGGUGGGGAGAAGGUAUUCAUACAGAACAUUGUUCUGUUUGCAUUAGCAAGGAAAGUGUCAUUUUUCAGCAUGUUUUACCUUGGUCCAACAUACCACCACGUGAAAGAAAAGCUGUUGCUCAAGACUACAGACUCAACAAGGCCUUAAGCACAAACCGGACCAACAAAGUACAACUAAAUCCAUUCAACUGGAAGUGCAUGAGGGGAAGUACCUGCUGCCAUCCAGUGACAGCAGUAGCAACAUCAACGGGAGCACUCAUUCAGUACUGUAACUCUUAUGGACACACCAGCAUAGGCCACUUGAAGGUGACCAGGUGUGAUGGAUGGCCAGCAGCACCCUAAUGCUCUCGUCUCCUCAGUGGAGAUUUUAGAGACAGUGCAUUUCAGAGUAAUGCACAUUUUUUAUCUAGGUAAUGUAGGAUUUGGUUCUCAGCCCAAGAAAGUAAAGGACACCUAUCCUCCUUUUGUGUACAUGUACAUUUUAUGCACGUUAAGAUUUCAGAUCCUUGACCCAAACGUAUCAGUUUUUCUGUCCGCUUAUUUUAAAGCAACAGGACUCAGACCAAAUUAGACAAAAGUACUUUGAAUUCCACAUCUAAAAAAAAAAAAUGACAAGAGGCUCCAAUUUGUUCUAUAAAACAAUAUAAAGCCAGAGUGGAAACAGCCACAAUGAUUUUGUGAAACCAAGUGUUUCCGCCCAGGCUGAGAAAACCUAUGGCUGGGGGAAAAACGGGUCAUACAUCAGCUCAUUUCCUCCUUAGGCAUUUAAACACAACCAUUACAUUCCCAGCACAGGUACUGCCAUCACGCUGCAUUUCUUUAUGGUCAUUUCACAUGGAGGUCCGAAAUGUUCAUAUGUCAGCUCCUUCACAAGAACAGCCUUCUGCAUGAUCUCAGAUGGAUGGUACAAGGAAGUUGCUUCUUGCAUUUAAAGGCAGGUAGAUUGCCUUCACAUUACUGGAAGUUAAAAGCGUGACUAAAGGAUUUUCAUCUCACUCCAAAUUCAGAUCUCUUGGUAAAUUCUUAGAGCAGCCAGAUUCUAAUGACAGGACUGUUUUAAUGGAACCCAGUAGUAGAAAACAAGAUGAAGUGCAAAUGAAUGAAUAAAUAUUAAUAUGUUCGUAACAAAAUAACAUCAUUGCUGCAUCUCCAGUGGUGCUCACCCAAUAUAAAUGGACUUGAAAAGAUUUAAUAACCAAUAAUUAAGGCCAAGUUUAGCACAGUUUCAUUAGCACUUGAACUUCAUCAACUUAAGAAUUUAAAAUAAGGAUUUCUUCUGAUGUUCAAUUCUAAAGAUCAACUAGGAGAAGGAUGGGAGAGCAAGGAGAUGGUCAGCAUAGAGAUGAGCUACAGCCUUCUCCCCAACUUUUCUGCUCCAGCUUCCCAAAAUUGUUGUGUACAGUGGGGAUUCUGAAAGUCACAUUCAAUCCUAAUUUAACACAAAACUCCUUCCAUGGUUUUGACUACAGACUCUGAGAUCAUCAAUCACAAGUGAUCCAAAAAUACAGCAACUAGAACUGUGUAGCAGAUGGACAACACAUGGCCCAAGCUCCUCAUGCCUCGAAGAAAGGAGGAGCAUCACAGGUUCUUUGGGCAGUGUUAGAGACUUCGUCUGAACGAAGGGCACUGGGCAAGGCAGGAAGAGGUGGCAGAGGUUAUCUCCAGCUGCAGACAUCACCUGCACACCAGGUUGGUCUGGAAUCCACAUCAAAGCAGCUGUCAGCUUCGAUUUCUCUCUUGAUAAGAUCAAAAGCAGAAUUUUUUUAACAUUCAAAUGCUAAUAAUGCAGCUAGAACAGGCUGCUAGUUAACCAACAGCAGUACAUUUAAGAGCACAAGAUACUAGGUCCUGAAAGAUACAGGUGAGAAGAGUCAGGUAUAUUUGCAUCCUUAGAUAACCUUUAACAUUGUUUCAAGUCAGCACUAAAACAAAAAAAAUAUGAACAGGAAGGGCAGGGGGACCUUACAGCCUUAGUUGAAGCAUUUAAAGGUUCAUGGUUCAUAUAAACUUUCUAAUCAAACAAAACAAAGUUUAUUUCUUCUUAAAGAGGUUACAAAAUUGGCUGUAGUAAGUUGUCCCCAAUGAAAUGACUUUACCUACAUAAAGAAUUAAUUUAAAAAUCAGAGUAUGCAUAAAAUAGUAGGAUCUAGCUGCACUCUUGCACUUGGCAUUCCCAGUUAUACAUGCUGCUUAAAUACAGAACAGAUAACGCUCAACUACUGUGCACUGCCUGAGCCCACCAAGUUUCUGAAAGAGGAGGAAAAGAAGGGAGAAUGUAGGCCAAUCUUAACAAAUUCAAAGAAAGUUGCAUGGAUGGGAUUGCUCUUUUCUUUUUACCUUCUUCCUGUACAUCAGAGGGUAAAUUUGUUACAAAAAGGGCCAGCUUGUCCUUCAGCUUGUCCUUCCUACACAGCAGUGAGCACUGAGCUGCUGCAGACAUGGGUGAGGAAUAGGAGGGACUGCUGCAGCCCUCUCACAGCUGUUGCUCCUGGUGGCACACACGUCAGUUACAUGGAGGAGAACACAUCCCUCUGCAGCACUGCGUGCAUCCAUCCCACUCAGCACAAGAUUGCACGAGGUCUUGCCCACACACACAGCUGCCCCCCGUGUGUCACCCAAUGUGGUACUUUGGAACCAAACAAGGAGAGCAACUUGUCAAAUCCUUUAAUUUCUAUGACACCAUGAAGCAGUCAACAGGGGAAAAGACAGUGGAGGAGCAGGGCCAAAAGAUGAACAUCACAUUACAAACAGUAAACAAAGCUUCCUACGAAUGCAAAAACUGUCACUGUACAGUAACCAAUACUGCUAUUUAUCAUCUUAAGGUGUUAAGUAUUGACAGUGUGCUUUACACUUAGAAGAAAUCCCACGAUAUUACAGCUCUGCCACUGCACUUAAUAUUGUGCUACCAACACAGAAGAAAGCCAAGAAAUGGCUGAUCUAAAACACCUAAUUUACAUCUAUUUUUUUGGUCUUGUGUGGUAUUUAGUUGAAGAUGGAAGCAUUUAUGUGCUUUUUGCCUCCUAAGAAGUGAGGCAGAUGUUAAUGUUACUAAGAUCAGUUGUAUAUACCUUGAAGGUAUAGACCACCUGACUCUACAUGAGUCAAAAUACUAGGAAUGCAUCAUCACAUCCAUUAAUGAAUUACCAGUUGUGUGUAUUUAAGUGACCAUAUGCUUCUGUGAAAAGUAUACAGUGACCUGUAUCUUACACACAGGAUAUUUGAAAGUACCAUUGGAUCUGUAAGGAGUUCUGCAUAAGCAUGUCAUUUUCAAGGCCAAACAUAUCAUAAUGCAGACAGUGUUACAAUAUAAACAGUUGGUUUUUAAACAAAACACUGUCACUAACUGCACAGGGUAGUUCUGAAUUUCUUAUCCACCAUGGAAACCACACAGCAUCCUUAAGCAUCUGUCAUAUUCCAGUGUAAAAUAUUCUCUUACAGGCUUUACCCACACAUCUCUCUGACUACAGAAUCCAGAAGGGGUGGGAGCAGGCACGGCUGUAACAUUCGCUUUGAAAGAGUUUUCAAGUUUUGCUUGAACCUCAUAGGUUCAUCAGCAGGAGCUGCCUCUGCUCAGCUUAAGUAAUUGCCCAACUCACUUUCAGAAGCCACAUGCACCUCAGAAGCCCAUCUCUUCAUGCCUUCUUGGAUCACUUGAUGCUGAGACAAACAUCUCCAAAAUGUUCUGUCUCUACUGAGAGAAGUGUGAAAACUAAGACCUAUGCUGGUGCACCCUCAAAUCCACUCAAAGACCAUAUUUAUAUAACUGUCAAAGCUGCAACAGAAAUACUUUAACAAAGCUAACUAGCCUCACUCACAGCUCACCUGCCCCAAUAAGACACUAGGACACUUUGGUCACACUAUCACUUAUGUAGACGAGUGGAUACAUUUCAGAUGCUUUUAGCUAUCUGCUUAGCUGCAAGCUAAGCUAGUAAGGCUGCAAGCUCUGAGAAUACCUGAAUUAUGGCCCUAAAAAGAAAACUCCCCGUGUUGAAAAUGUAAACAUUCUCAAACAAAUUCUAAUUAUAGUUCCCUGUUCUUGGCUGAGGAACUGACUCAGAAAACCUUUAAACCUUUCUCACUAAAAGAGCAUUAAACAACAGAAAGAGAUGCUUGUAAAUCUUAGUAAAAAUCAAGCAAUUUUACUUUAAGUCCUCCAAGACUCAGUACAACACAUCAACAGUCAGUUUAAUAAACCUUGAAUUUAUACUAAUCACACAAAAAGUAACUCCAGCAUAUUUGCUACAGCAGUAUUCAUAUUAUGCCCCAGUUCAAGUCAGAAAAGGCAGCCUGCAGAAAAACAGGAAAUUCCCUGCUACACUGGAGCUUGAUUUUUGAAACUGUCUCAGAAAACAAAUUAAAAAAAAAAAACAACUCUCACAUCCAGACACACACACACACCUGUAAGUCUACAGCCCAGUGCAGCCAUCUCAGUAGACACCAUCCAACAGCUUCUGACACAAAGUUUAUCUUAGAACCCCGCUGGAGAGUUAACUGUCACAGCCUGAUCACUCUCAAGACCUAAAGCCACAAACAGACAUACUUCAGUUUAACAGGAACCAGAAUAAUCAGGAACAUUAACUGAUCCACUACAUACGGAGCACAUACUGAAAUUGUCCUCAUUCCAAUCCAUUUGAACACUACCUGUAACAGAGCAGCACAAAAAUGCAACUAGAAUUUGAACAGCUGGGGUUUUGUUGGUGGGUGCUGGUUUUGCCUUUUUUAUAUAUUUUUAUUAUUACUAUAAACUGCUAAUAGAAUUCCUAAGGCAGCAGUGAUGCUAAGAAAAAUGACAUUACACUCACUGAUGCCAUUCUGAAUGUAAGGCCUCUGGGCAGUUAAAUUGUAACAUCACAGAAAUUUGUACUACCAAGCUUGAACACACAAGCUUUACUUAUCAAACCAACUAUGCCAUCUCUACAAGCUUAGAUUUAAUUUAUGGUAUCUACACAUGUAGUCCUAUAUACAUGUUUGUGUGUACAUUAAAAAACAGGCUAGUGAAAGAUACUGGAUUAUGCCACUGAACAGAAAUCCUCAUAACUACAGUAUAAAUUCAGAGACAUAAUUUACUUCAAAUUAAAGAAGACUGUAAAAAAAAAAAAACCACAACCACAGCCUCCUAAACUUGUGCAACUUGCAUGAGUUACAAGUACUGCUUAUUCACAGGAGUUCAUACAGAAUUUUACAGGGUGCACUUGGUAGGGUGAGUGACCUCCAUAGUACAAAAUCAUUACAGAAUUGUAAGAGUUGUGACAUGGGGUCUAUGCAGCUUUUUUUUUUUUUUUUUUUUUUUU